AUGUACUUUGUUUUUGUUUUGUGCUUGGCUCUACACUCUAGUGCAUCUGCUGAUUCAAGCUAUAGGAUUAUUUUCCGCAACUUUUACCCCCCACCAUUCUUAUUGCUCUUCACGUUUGACUUUGGAGAGGAAAUUCGAAUGCUAUUCAAGUUGCACUUUCGACAGUUGCUGCUGCCGUUAAAUCUUGGUAGAACAAUCAAGUUUUCAUCCCUAACCACUUCUUCCAAUUGGGUUCACCACAACCAGUUGUUCCAAAGACACCCCCGCUUACGAGUUCUUGAGGAAAAUUGCAGUACAUUUCAUCAUUUCGAACAAGCUCUCUCUUACAUCAUUGUUUCGGGUCUCCAUCGGAACCCUUUCGUCAUGAGCCGCGUUCUUUAUUUGAGUUUGUUUGAAUUGGAAGGAGAUAUUAAGAGAAAAUCUGAGUUUGGAGUUCAAAUUUUUAAUCAAAUUGAGAAACCCAAUAUAUUUUCUUGGAAUACAGUGAUCAGAUUCUUUGCUGAAUGUGCCGAUUCUCAAAAUUCUGUUAUGGCUUUGAAUUAUUACAUGAAAAUGGUUAGGCAGGAAGUGGUUCCUGAUAACUAUACAUUUCCAUUCUUGGUUCAGGCUUGUGUGGCUAUUUCUGAUUUGGGGUUGGUUAAACAGAUUCAUAGUCACGUUUUCAAACUCCAGCUUGGCAGCAAAUUGUUUGUACAAAAUUCUCUUCUUAGUGCUUAUCUAGUUUGUGGGUCGUCGGAUGAUGCAUGGUCAUUGUUCGAUGAAAUGCUUGAGAAGGAUGUUGUUUCAUGGACAGCUUUAAUAUCAGGGCUUGUCGAACAAUGUAAUUAUCGCGAAGCACUUCAUGUGUUCAGGGAAAUGAUAGCUGGGAAUUGCCAAAUGCAACCAAAUGUCCCUACUAUGAUCUCUACUGUGUCGGCUUGUGGUAAUCUAGGAUCCUUGGAUCAUACAAAGUGUUUUCAUGCUUUGCUAGAAAAGGCCGGAUGGCUUGAAUUGGAUGUCGCCAUUGCUAAUUCACUUAUAAAUGCUUAUGCGAAAAGUGGAAGUAUGAAAUGUUCAGCAAAAGUGUUUGAUGAAAUGCAGGAUUCAAAAAGGGAUCUGUACUCUUGGACUGCAGUUAUCUCAGGAACUAGAAAGCCUUAG